AUGAUCGGGAUCGGGGAGCCAUCGUGCAAAUCCCUUUGCCCUAUCUGCCUCGAGGCGCUCCCCGCGCUCGCGGGCCGGACCGCUUGCCCGUGCGGGCAUGUCUACUGCUCGGCGUGCAUCCAGCGGUGGGCGGAGGUCUCGGCGACGCCCUACGCGCACGCCUCCUGCCCGCUCUGCCGCAGCGACAUCGAGAACGCGCCGCCGGCAGACCGCCGCGGCGUGCUCUUUGUGCACAUCGGCGAGCGCGCCUUUGUGCGGCCUGUCGAGAUGGGUGGGCAGCGGCGGGUGGCGCGCGCGGCCCUCGAGGCGGCGCUGGCCGAGGCCUCGCACCACUGCCCGCCCCCCGCGGAGCGAGAGUCCCAAAUCAAUCAAUAG